GAAUAAAUACCACAGCGACGAGACUCUUCAACAUUCAGCAUUUACUCAUCUGUGAAGAAGCAUCAUGCCUGAACCAGCCAAACCCGCGCCCAAGAAGGGCUCUAAGAAGGCCGUCACCAAGACCGCCGUUAAGGGAGGAAAGAAGCGCAGAAAGUCCAGGAAGGAGAGUUACGCCAUCUACGUGUACAAAGUGCUCAAGCAGGUCCACCCCGACACCGGCAUCUCUUCCAAGGCGAUGGGCAUCAUGAACUCUUUCGUCAACGACAUCUUCGAGCGCAUCGCCGGUGAGUCGUCUCGUCUCGCGCACUACAACAAGCGCUCCACCAUCACGUCGAGAGAGAUCCAGACCGCCGUGCGUCUGCUGCUGCCCGGUGAACUCGCCAAACACGCCGUGUCCGAGGGCACCAAAGCCGUCACCAAGUACACCAGCUCCAAGUAA